UGAGUGCGGGUUUCUUAAUUUGGGAGGAAACUAGCUAGGCGUCCCAAGGGUAGUAGUAGUAGUAGUACUUCUGUUAAUUCCUUUCCUAUCUUGUCAGGAGAGGAUUCGAGAAAGAAAACAGUUCCGAUGGGGUUAGGAUGGUGGCGGUCCAUCGGUGCUGCUUUUGCUGCAGCUUUCCUUUUUCUGGGCUUCCCUUCCUCCCAAACUUCUCCAGACUACGCCUUUAUCCAGCACUCAAACUCCGCCCCACUCACAUCCUACUACGACUACAUCAUCGUCGGCGGCGGAACCUCCGGCUGCCCGUUGGCCGCCACACUCUCUCAAAACUACACCGUCUUACUCCUCGAACGCGGCGGCUCCCCCUACGGCAACCCCAACAUAACCAACCUCGCCUCCUUCGGCGUGCCUCUCAGCGACCUCUCUCCCGCCUCCCCCGCGCAGCGCUUCGUCUCAGAGGACGGCGUCAUCAACUCCCGCGCCCGCGUCCUGGGCGGCGGCUCCUGCAUAAACGCGGGGUUUUACUCGCGGGCCCCCGCCGAUUACGUGAGGGAGGCGGGAUGGGACGGGGAGCUGGUGAAGGAGUCGUACCGGUGGGUGGAGGAGGUGGUGGCGUUCGAGCCUCCCAUGGGGCGGUGGCAGGCGGCGGUGCGGGACGGGCUGAUUGAAGCGGGGGUUUUGCCGAACAAUGGGUUUACGUACGAUCACAUUGAAGGUACGAAGGUUGGGGGAUCCAUUUUUGACGGCAAAGGGAGCCGUCACACCGCCGCCGAUUUAUUGAAGUAUGCCAAUCCCGAUCGGCUUCGCGUUCUGAUCCAUGCCACCGUACACAAAAUCUUGUUUAGAAGAAUCAAAGGGGAAGGCAAGCCCAUAGCCCAUGGAGUAAUAUACAGAGAUGCAUCAGGGAUGAAGCACAAAGCAUACUUGAACAGAGGGCCCAAGAACGAGAUCAUCUUGUCAGCGGGAGCAUUGGGAAGCCCACAGCUACUGAUGCUAAGCGGAGUGGGCCCAGCAGAGCACCUAAAGGCCCAUAAGAUCCAUGUGGUGUUGGACCAGCCCAUGGUGGGCCAAGGAAUGUCUGACAACCCAAUGAAUACCAUCUUGGUGCCAUCCCCUACGCCGGUGGAGGUCUCCGUCAUCGAAGUCGUUGGCAUCACCCCCUUUGGAAGCUACAUCGAAGCAGCCAGCGGCAAAAGCUUCCUCGGCGGUUUCCCUCUAAAAACCAUCCCUUCUCAGACGAGGGCGCCACGUGGUGUUAAGGUUGAGGAGGCAGAUCUAACGGGUGGAUUCAUCCUAGAAAAGAUCAUCGGCCCGGCCUCCACAGGCCAUUUGGAGCUCCGAAAUCGAAACCCGAACGACAACCCGUCUGUGACCUUCAACUACUUCAAAGAAGCGGCAGACCUGGAGAGAUGCGUGGAGGGCGUCAAAGUCGUCCAGAGAAUCAUCGACUCCAAAGCUUUCUUCCCAUUCAUGUACGAGAACACUUCGUCCGAAUCCCUACUUGCCGUCAUGGAGGAAUUGCCCAUGAAUUUGGUGCCAAAGCAUAGGAACAAGAGCUUGUCGCCACUGGAGCGGUUCUGCAAGGACACGGUGAUGACCAUAUGGCAUUACCAUGGCGGUUGUUGGGUCGGGCAGGUGGUGGAUUCUGAUUACAGGGUUCUCGGCGUGGAUGCAUUACGGGUCAUCGAUGGAUCCACCUUUGUUAACUCUCCCGGAACCAAUCCUCAAGCCACUGUCAUGAUGCUCGGGAGGUACAUGGGAGUGAGGGUGUUAAAGGAGAGAUUUGCAAGUGAUGUAUCAAAAUAAUUCAUCUAUUGUGCACAAAGGGGUUUGUUUGUUUUUUUUUUUUUUUUUUUAAAUGUUGCAUUGUGUUGGUGUGCUUUAAGGGCAUGGUGAAUUAAAAUAAUUCAUCUAUUGUGCACAAAGUGUUUAAAUAUUGUUGUAUGUGACUAUAAAAGUUGUGCAAAUAAGUUCAUCAGUUCCAUUA